AUGGGUAAUGGUGCCAAUAAUCACCCUAGCAAUAACAUCGUCGAGGAAUAUCUUUGUGACGCCCCGGAUCUUCCUGAACUGGACUACCAGGCCUUCAAGGGCCUCGCAGACGGCGACAAACAGGAUGUCAUCCAACGAGAAGCCGAAGAGUAUGGAUUAGAGCGGCCAAAGGGCUACAGUGUUUCGUUCCACUACAACCCCCAUGUUGAAUACCACCAUUUCGGAAGCUCACAUCCCAUGAAGCCAUGGCGACUUACAUUGACGAAACAACUCGUCGUAGGUUACGGCCUAGAGUACACCAUGGACCUGUACGAGCCGCGCCCAGCAGGCUUCGAUGAGCUUGCCAUCUUCCACGACCGAGAUUAUCUGUCUUUCCUGAGCGAAAUCACACCCCAGAACAUGAAGCCAGAUGAUCAAAGUUAUCUGGGGUUCGGCUUUGGAGGUGACUCAAAUGAUUGUCCCGUCUUUGAUGGCAUCUGGAACUACGUUUCGCUUUACAGUGGCGCAUCCAUGCAUGCCGCUCAGAACCUUCUCAACAACCAAUCUGAAAUCGCCAUCAACUGGUCCGGCGGUCUACAUCACGCGCUGAAAGGCAAGGCAUCAGGGUUUUGCUAUGUCAAUGAUAUUGUCCUGGCUAUCCAACACCUUCUGACCCAACAUCAACGCGUACUCUACAUCGACAUUGAUGUCCAUCACGGUGAUGGCGUGGAAUAUGCCUUCGAAUCCACAGACCGCGUCUUCACCCUCUCGUACCACAAGUUCGGAAUCGAUAGAACAGGUUAUCCCUUCUUCCCUGGCACCGGAAAUAUCAACGAGAUGGGCCCGAUCGACCCUGCCAACAAAGGCAAAGGCCACACGCUUAACAUCCCAAUCGACGACGGCAUCGACGACGACCAAUACAAAUGGCUUUUUAAGACAGUGACAGGCGCAGUGGUAGAAAAAUACCGCCCCAACGCCAUCGUCUUACAAGCUGGCGCCGACUCCCUCGGUGGUGACCGUCUCGGCCGCUUCAACCUCAACAUCAAAGCGCACGGCUUCUGCGUCGAAACCGUGAAAAGCUACAGCGUGCCAUUGCUCCUCAUAGGCGGAGGAGGCUAUACGCCCCGCAACGUCGCGCGCACAUGGUGUCACGAGACGGCCGUUUGCGUGGGCGCAACCCUCCACAACCAUCUGCCCACCCACAUCCCGUACAUCCAAGCCUUCCAGGGCGAGGAGAACGGCGGAGGAAUCCUCUACCCAGACCUGCACAACACCAAGCGCCACGACAACCUCAACAAGCAGCUCGCCCUCCAGGAGCUCGUCGCGCACGCCCUCGACAACCUCCGCUACAUGGAAGGCGCACCCAGCGUGGUGGUCAACACCAGCGGCAUCACGGAAGAGCAAAUCAUGAAGAUCAGGGCGGAGAUCGAUCGCGAAAUCGACGAGGAGCGCGAGGAUAGACACCACAUGAGCGUCGAGAAGGCCAGGCGGACGAGAGAGCGCAACACAGGCGGGCGUGCGGAACGCGGACUCCGCUAG